AGCCAUUACCAAAAUGCAAACAUUGGUGAGCAGUAUCAAAGGCCUCUCCCCAUUCCAUACAUCCUUGAAGAUAAUUUUGAUAUUAAUGCAAAAGUUCUUAUCCUCAAAGCAUUUGAACAAUUUUGUCUGAAAAGCUGUAUUGAUUUCAAACCUUGGGAAAGUGAAGCAAACUACAUUUCAGUAUUCAGUGGAACUGGCUGCUAGUCCUAUGCAGGAAACCAGCAAACGGAGGGGCAAAAACUCUCCAUUGGAAGAAACUGUGACCAGCUUGGGACAAUUGAAUAUGAAUUUCUUCAUGUGCUGGGAUUUCGGCAUGCGCGAUAUGAUUGGUAUGUAUCGGGUAAAGAACAGUGUUUCAAGAAAUAUGAUGAUAAGGUAACAGAUUCUCUGAAUGUCCCUUAUGAUUAUAUCUCUAUAAUGCACUAUCGUAAAACUGCCUUCAGGAAGUGUAUAGAGCCAACCGUAAUAACCAACAUAACAACCUCCAUGAAUGUGGAUGGGCAGGAAAUGGAUUUCAGUGAAUCCAACAUUAAAAAAUUGAAUCCAUUGUACAGCUGCUAUCAGGAAACUGGCUAUUUUAUGCAUUUUGACACCAGUGCUGGAAGAGUGAGGGACAAAGCUAUUUUAGAAAGCCAAUUUUUCUAUCUCAAGAGAGGGUUCCAGUGUGUGCAGUUCUAUUAUUACAACAGUGGAAGUGAAAGUGAUCAACUGAACAUCUUAGUCAAGGAAUACAUUGAUGCAAACCCUAAAGGCAUUUUAAGACUUGUGAAGACCAGUCAAAAUUCACCUGUGAACUACUGGGAGCUAUACUACGUUCCUUUGGAAAUUAAAAAUAAAUUCUGAGUGGUAUUUGAAGGCAUAAAAGGAUCCACCAUAUCCAAAGGUGGCCUUUCUAUUGAUGAUAUCAAUCUGUCUGAAACCUAGUACCCUCACCAUGUAUGGCAUAUCAGACAUUUUACUGACGUCCUUAUUUCAGCUCCUGCAAACAAGUUUUUAUAUAGUCCUCCAUUUUACUCUCCUAAAGGGUAUGCAUUUCAGAUUGCCUUGUAUGCGAAAGGUACCACUGAUCUAUCUAGUAUGGCAAUAUAUUUCUGCCUGAUAAGGAGCACAAACCAUUAUCAUCUUCAGUGGCCUUGUCCCUGGCAACAAGUUACAAUGGUCCUCCUUGAUCAACAUAGGGACAUUCAUCAACAUACGUCAAAUCAAAAGAGCCUAACAACUGACUCACAAAUGUUAGAAUCUUCAAAUGUUUAUACUUGGGGCAGACCAGAUAAAGUAGGAGUUUCAGUAUGGUUUCCUAAAGGCAUAGUAAAGAGAGGUCCUAAAUGGAGAACGUAUUCUUUUAUAACACACAAAAGGCUUCGAAGUCAUGAGUUUAUAAAUGAUCGCGUUUUCAUUCCUGCAACAGUGGAAGAUUGGUGGUACAUGGGUGAAAAAUGUGAAAAGAAAGGAUCUACUCAGGACCUUGUUGCUAGAGCAAUUAUUCAAUAUCUUUCUGUAUUUGUCAUCAUGUUGAUCAUCACCAUUAUAACUAGCAGUUGUAUUAGGAAGAAAUAUUGUAAACAGCUACAAGCUAAUAUACAUCAGAAUUAA